AAACCCAGUCAUGGCUUCUUCAUCAGCUCUAUCCCUCACCACCCCAGUGUCCACCCACUCCCUCAAGCAAUCCUCCUUCCUCCCCUUCUCUUCCAUAUCCAUCAACAACCCUAACAAACCCUUGAAGAACAAGAACACCAUCACCAUCACCAUCACCAUCUCCAUCUCCAUCUCCAUCUCCUCCUCCGUCAAGAUCGUCCGCUUCCCUUCUCUCGAUCGCCAUGCGUCCCGCUACAACCGCCUCCGCUUCGUCCGCAAGCUCCAAACUCUCCUCCUCUCCAAACCCCGCCAUUUCCUCCCUCUCCGCGUCCUCUCCCGCUGCCGCAGCUACCUUUCCCCUCCCCCUGCCCGCUCCCUCCUCUCCAUGAUCCUCCGCUACCCUUCCAUCUUCCGCCUCUUCUACUCCCUCCUCCUUCACCUCCCCCUCUCUCUCCCUCCUCUCCGUCACCCUCACCCCUGCCGCUGCCUCCCUCGCCGCCCACGAAUCCCGCCUCCGCUCCUCCAUCUCCUCCUCUCUCGCCUCUAA